AUGGGCAACAAGAGUACCAGCAAGCGGGCCAAGAAGGUGUUCGGACGCCAAAAGAAACGCGUCGCGAAAUCUUCACCAACCGUCAGAAAACUCGUGCCAAUUAUCAAGAAACGCCCUAAAGCCACAAUGCCUCCUGCCGUGUCCGACAUCGAGGACUCCGACGCCGAUAUGAUUGACGAGAUUCCUGCCAAGAAAUCAAAGGCGGCUCCAGUCGCAGACGAGGACGAGGAAGGCGACGAUGAGUCCGGCGAGGAAGACGAAUACCAGGUCGAGAAGAUUCUCGAUCACAAGACAGUCAAAGGUGGCAUCCUCUAUCGCAUCAAGUGGCUAGGCUACGACGAUGAGGCGGAUGAGACUUGGGAGCCAGAGGAGAACCUUACCGGCGCUCUCGAAAUUCUCCGAGCGUAUCACAUCCAAGUCGGCGGCACACCACAACCGACCAGCAAGUCCUCCGCUAAGAAGGCAUCCACAUCAACCACGAAAGGCAAGGGCAAGAGGGCUGCCUCCGCCGAAGAAGACUCACCGGCACCCGCCAAGAAAGGCAGAGGGCGAAAGUCAGAGGGCGCUACCAAUGGCACCGACGCGUGGUCACCACCGGAUGGCCUCUGGGAGGACGCGAUCACCGAAAUCUCCGCAAUUAUCGAGGACGAGCCUGCCGAGGGCGCCAUGAUCGUCAAAGCGAAGAAAAACCCCAAGAAGCUCAACGGCCUGGUACUCUGGAACAACGGCCGGAAGACUCAGCACAAGAUGGACCUCUUACGGCUCAAGUGUCCGCAGAAGCUGUUGGACUACUAUGAGUGCCACUUAAAUUUUGUAGAUUGA